CCGCCAAUCAGAGCAUCGCCAGUCUCAAUCGAGCAGGUACAUGCGUCUCCCUCAUCACACACUCCCACAUCAAUCAAUCACAGCAAAGGCGGAGAUACGACCUGUACAUACGAUACCCCACACGUUAUCCUCCAACGCCACUCUCGGGCUUUCUCUUCUGCAACCCGCUUGCAUCCUUCCAUGCACCAACUCAAAGUCCAUCCGUAUGAUCCGUACUUACGUGUGCCCGUGUACAACGUGUGCAUGGAUGCACACUGGCAUACCACGGCGGCUUUGGCAUCACGGCUAGGCCAUCUGGAGGAGCCAUCGCUCGGUAGCCUGCCGAAACAAUGCCAGGUGAAGGCCCUGACUUAUCGUGGCAUGGCAACCCGAGCUCGCUCCAAAACUUCCACGUCCACACUAUCAAGGCGGGAUGGCCCGAGCAAGGGUGCAGCACGUCGACGUACAUAUAUCAGGGUUACAGUUCCCGCCAUUUCGGAUCCAAAACUUAUCCUUCGGAAUCACACUCAGACUUUCGGCCCUUAUUGA